AUGUUGAUCAGGUUGGAUGUCUUAAGAGGAUUCAGUGGUGCUGAGAAGCUCACCUACUCCGAGAAUGUCCGGAAAUGUGUUGCAAACAUUACUACUCCACACGCAGCCCUGCACACUUUGGUUGGUUGUCCCGCAGUCAUAUUCCUCAGAAUCGGGGACGUAAUAGCAGCAGCCAAGCAGAAUAUGCAGGGAUUGUUAUCUACCGUCGACUUUCAGACCAGAUUAGAUGAGGCAGAAAGCUUUCUUCGCGACCUCGAUCUCGACAUGAUCGAAUAUCCCACACCACAUCCGGAGUGGAGACAGCUUGCGGAGGCUUUUAGACAUGCUAGUCUGCUGAGAAUCUUACGAUGGCCUGAUACGUUUGUAAUUCCCUGCGAAGACCCCAGGAUCAGGCCAUCGGUAUCAGCAAUCCUGGAUUGCUGUGCAAACGUUUCAAUGGACUCGCCAUUCUUCAAGCGGCUGUUGUUCCCUCUAUUUCUGGCGGCAACCGAGACAUCUGAAAGACACCAGAUACACUACGCCAGUCUUUGUAUCGAAAAUAUUCGACGCUCCACGGGGUUUCAACAUGCAGCCAUGAUGGAAGUCCUUGAAGGGGUUUGGGAGGAAAGAAGACUGAAAACCCGGGGCUGGACGAAUGUUCCCUGGAUGGAAUUUACCUGCUCUGAGAAGGUGUGCCAAAAUGGCUCACCAACUCUCAAUAUCACAAACAGGACCGCCGGAAGAUGCGAUGAAGAAAAGAUUCCCCAGCCACCGAACGGCAGUUUCAAAAGUUCACCCUGGAAACGUGUCUUAAAGAAUGACAUUGUUAAUGGAGAUGCCUGA